AUGACUGGCACAGCCACAGUCAUGAGCAUCAUGGGAAGUGGGGUAGACACGGAUCGUGGAGUCAUGAGAGAGAUGGACAUCAUGGAGGGUGGGGAGGACAUCAUCAUGGAUGGCCUCAUGAACAUAGAGGAAGGCAUGGAUAUCACGAACCUUCUGAAGAACGAGGACGUGGCCAUGGAAGGGGAGAAUGGCAUUGGGGGAAAGGAGAUCACGGAGCUCCAUCUGAAGAGUGGGGAGGAGGACACGGGCAUGGUGAUGGGAAGGACAUGGGCAGAGGAGGAAACGGUAAAGACCGAGACAGCCACAGCCAUGAAGGCAAUGGAAAAGGAGAUGGCCGUGGAAGAAAAGGAGGUCAUGAUGGCUCUUCAGAAGAAAGAGGACGUGGCGGACAUGGUGACGGAAAGGACGCCGGACGUGGAGGAAAUGGUAAGGAUAGUCAUGAAGGCAAUGGAAAAGGAGGCAAGGACGGUCAUGGACGUGAUGGUUCAUCAGAAGAGCGGGGACGUGGUGGUCAUGGUGACGGCAAGGACGUCGGACGUGGAGGGAAUGGCAAAGACCGAGAUAGCCACAGCCACGAGAAUAACGGCAAAGGAGAUGGCCGUGGAGGAAAAGGAGAUCACGGACGAUCUUCGGAGGAGAGAGGAGGCGGUCGUGGACAUGGUGACGGCAAUGACC